AUGAAACCAGCCAUCCUUUUUAUCUCUCUUUACUUUAUUGAAAUUGUUAGCAGUAGUCGUGGAUGCAAAGAUGAGAUCGAUAAUGUGAUCGGGAUAUACGAGAUAGAUGAAGGUACGUUCUUUUGCUACGGCGGCUGUGUAUACAAUGCACACAAUUAUUGAAUUAACCGUGCAUUCUAGGACCGUCUAUAAUUAAUCUCAAAGGAAUAAAGCUGGCGACAUAUGAUGGUCAACGUCGUCCACAUUGCAACAAUGCUAAAGCCGAAGUUACGUUUCCCGGAUUUGUGAAAGUAAUCGAAGGAGAACUAAUAGUUAAUGAGAAAGUGGAAAUAAGCAGUCUUCAACUGGUGUUAACAGCAGAACAUAACUCACUCUUCAUCGGAAAAGUCUGUAAAAAUGGGAAAAGUGUCAAUACCUUUGUGGAUGAUGACGUCUGGUAAGUAUAAACAUUUUUUACUUAUUCUUUCAGCAAUCUGGAUCUAUGCGAAUACUCCAAAGAAAUCUGUAAUUUAAUAUCAAAACCAGAGACAAUCUCCCUAAAAGAAAAGAUCCCGAACUUAAUCCCCAUCCCGGAAACAGAUUCUCCAGUGGAAGGCGAAUGGAAAGGAGAAGUGAUAGUAAAGAAUGGAAACCAAUAUCUGACAAAGUUUAGACUAAACAAGGAAAAGGAAUGGCUCAAAACGAAGAUUGA